AAAAAGUGUUGAUCUGAGCUCAUUUGAGGAGUUUUCCAAACACACAACCAGUCACACACUCUUCAGAUGGCGUUGCGAGAACCGAAUGAGGCCGAUUAUAAGCUGGUUAAGGAACGCUUGGACAACUUCAAGAGCGACCGCGCGGGUCACGGAGGACUACUUCUGACCCGUUUGUUUGUGAUACAGUCUGAUCUGAAGGGAGGCAUGCCGGCAAGGGACGAAGGCAAAAUUGUGCUGGAGAAACUGUGUAAGCCGCUGAUGGCUGAAGGAGAUCACGCUACCUAUAUCAAAGCGAUGGCCUCAGGCAACAACACAGACAAGUUCAUCCUCAGAAACUUCAGGCUGAUCACUGAGGUGCUGAUGGAGGUGAUGGAUAAGGAAAAAUGUCUGUACGACAUUGGCCAAAAGCGCGCGCUCGAGAGAGUCAUGGAGUGUGUCAUCAAGUGCAUCACGAUAUACUUCAAGGAGUAAAUGACACAAAUGACACAAACUCAGCGGGAUCAUAGAAAAAGCGCUUGUCUUGUUAAUGCCAUUAGUGAAUAGAAGUUACUGUGCAGCUAAUAUGAAUAAAACUAUCCAUAGGAAACAAAUCACAAAUAAACACGCAACUGUGUCCAGAGAUUUUUGUCAGGGCAGUGCCACAUAAAAUUUUGUCGGGAAUGAGACCGACACUGGAGCUGAAGUACAAUGCGUCUGAUGGAU